AUGGCGCCCUUCCACGACAGAUACAUCGCUGCCGGCUCUUUCUGCAUCAGCAGAGAGAAGAGUGACCUGAGCAGCGAAAUUUGGGAUUCGGAAGACCUUUUCUCAUGGCAUACACUCGGCUCUCCCGCCGGGGACCAAGAGGACGGGCACCAUGUUCCCGAUGGCAUACAGUCGUUGCUCUUUAAGUCACCUACUCUAAACUCAUAUACCCGACUGCUCAAGGCGGAAUGGAUACGGCUCGCACUCAAGAUCGACAGAAACGCUACCUACGCCACCUUCAGGGUCUACAUCCUGCCGGAUGAGCUUCAUGGCGAGUUGAUUGAUCUCUCGUAUCCUAGUCUUCGGAAGGCCAGUCGAGCCAUCCUCGCCCAGCUAGACUACUCGGCUGCAGCAUGGGAAGGACGCCUACGGGGAACUGCCAAUAGCCAUGGGCCGCAUCCUCUGGAGUAUCAGACAACGUCUUAUGGGGAAAGGGACAUGUCGCUUCUCGAGCUGUUCAACAACAUCCCGUCGCCGAAGCCUGACCCUAUCAGCGUCGCGGAUCCGUUGCCGCGUGACGCCAUGGAUAAUCUGCUAAAGAGCGAGGUCCCCGGCCUGGAGACGAGCCUCUACGACUACCAGAGGAGAACGUCAGCCCUGAUGGUCCAGAAGGAGGCGCAACCGGGUCGGACGCUGGACCCAAGGCUCCGGAAAUUACGGGACCAGGUCGGCAAGGAAUGGUACUGGGACAGAAUAUCCGGGACAAUACUUGGAGAGCCGCGGUACUAUGACGGCAUAUCCGGUGGCAUACUGGCGGAGGAAAUGGGUUCCGGGAAAACGAUUAUAUGCCUGGCCCUCAUACUCGCGUCGAGAAGCGCGCCGACCAAGAUUCCCGAGAUCUACGGCCCACCCCCGCCGCCAGUUCGGCCCAGGAUAGGAUCGCUCGUCGACAUGGCGGCGUCGUGCGUCAGCCGAAACGCUAUCCCAUGGAGGGACGAUCUUGAAGCCUCCGGCAUGGAGUGUUGCAUCAACGCCAUAAGAGGGCAACCGGGGUAUUACUUCGUCCCGCCGCCCAAGCUACGCCGAACCAGCCGACAUGUAGACAACGGCGAACAUGACCAUCGUCUGCCGAUAAAGGUACACCUGAGUCAAGCGACGCUCAUAGUUGUCCCAAACAAUCUAGUCUCCCAGUGGCGGCAAGAGAUCCAGAAGCAUACGUCAGGAACCGAAGUGGUGGUCGUCACCAGCAAGGACCCUCUCCCAGCCACCGAGGCGCUCCUCGAGUGUGAUAUCGUGCUCUUCUCGCAGUCUCGGUUCGAAACGCUCGUCGCUCAGGCCAGCUUCUCCCAGCCAAAGCCAUUUGAAAACCUGCACUUCAAGAGAUGUAUCGUUGACGAAGGCCACAAGAUUGGUAAUUCCAGUGCCAAAAGGCGCAGCAGACUCCUGACUGGACUGGAUCUGCUGAGGGCCGAUUCGCGCUGGGUCGUGACCGGAACGCCGUCGUACGGGUUGUUCGGCGUGGACCCCAGCAAGUCACGGUCAAAGGAUCACUCCCUCCCAGAGGAUUCAACGAUACCCGAUCCUCCCACCCCGGGAGAAGCCGACGUCUGCGGGUCGUCGAGUGAGAUGGAGAGGAAGGACCUGGAGCGCAUAGGCUCGAUGGCGUCCCUCUUCCUCGGGGUCCGACCAUGGGCUAACACAGAACUAGAUGCCGACGACGCCCGAGCCGACUGGAACACAUACAUGAUGCUACCGAGACACAAGAGGGGGAGCAACGGACGAUGGGACAUUCUGAUGGCCACUCUGGACUCCCUCAUCGUCAGACACCAGCUAAGCGAUAUCGGGGAUCUCCUCCCACGCGUCGACGAGAGGAUCGUCGUGCUCGGCGGCUCGUACCAGGACCGCCUGUCGAUGGGUAUCUUCUCCAUGAUGAUCAUCUUCAACUCUGUCCAGUCGCAGAGGACCGACAAGGACUACUUCUUCCACCCUCGGCAGCGACGCAACCUGCUGCAACUCGUGCAGAACCUGAAGCAGUCGACCUUUUUUGGAGGUUCAUUCUUCACCUCGUCGGAGAUUGCCACGUCGGUGGAGACGGCCGAGCAGUUUCUGAGCGAGAAGAGGAUCCCUCUGAGUGCCGAAGACGAGGACCUAUUGAACCAGGCCAUCAAGCUGGGUCACGUCGCCGUGGGGAACGAGAUGAGGAACCUGAGCAAUAAAUUCCACGAGAUGCCAAUCUACGUGAAAGAUUUCCCCAGCAAGGCGGGCAAGUCGUGGUCCCUUGGGGGAGGGACGACGACCGAACCGAGCGGUAGCAGCAAUACCACCACCUUGGCCAGCCUGAUACUCGCACUCCAACGACUGGUGCACAACGCAGCGGGCGAGCCGGAAAAGCUGAACGCACUGCUCAACGGGGGGUUGGCGCAGAAGGGCGAGCGAGAGAGAGAGAUGCUCCAGCAGACGGUCACGCCCGCCAAAACGGCUGAGACGCUGGCCGGGAACACCAAGCUCGGCGGUGACAGCCCGCGCAAGACGCGCUCACGCGGCAUCAACCUGGACAAGCCCAUGGACAAUGCGAGCCUGGGCGUUGCGGGGCCGCUCGAAUCGACGAGGAUCACGGCUACCGUGUCGGCCAAGAUGUCGUACCUCCUGGAUCAGGUUGCCAAGUAUCAGGCGGAAGAAAAGAUUAUCAUAUUCUACGAGAACGAGAAUGUUGCGUGGUAUCUCGCCAGCAUGUUGGAUGUCUUGCAAAUUCAACACCUCAUCUACGCCAAGAGUAUCUCUGUGGAGAGAAGGACCCAAUACGUCAACACAUUUCACCACAAUGCCACAUUCAGGGUGCUCCUGAUGGAUCUGUCUCAGGCCGCCUUUGGGCUUGACAUGCGCGAGGCCUCACGCAUCUACUUCAUCAACCCGGUCCUCAACCCCCAGGUCGAGGCGCAGGCCAUCGGGAGAGCGAGGCGGGUGUGCAGCCAGAAGGGCGUGGUAUCGGUCGAGACGCUCGUGCUCAGAGACAGCAUAGACGAGGUCAUCCUCGAGAGGAAGAGGAAGAUGACGGCGGCGGAGCACCGGCGGGCCAAGACGAUUCUCGACAUCCGACCCAUCUUCGACUGGAUCAAGAAUCCGACCAUAGAGACUGGUCUACUGGCGACGGCAGCGACAGCGGCAUCGGAUCAAGAUGAUGUGGCUCAGAUGGCGUCGCUAGACGGAGCACAUCACGUGUUCGGUGCUGGAUUCGGCAGGGCGCUACAUCCGGAUGACGGGCUCGUCCUCGACAGCCUCUCUUCAUCCAGCAGCAGAGACAACAACCGGGAGGGUGAGCGAGUGGUGUCGGGUUUCGGGGGAGAGGGCAGCGCCAAGAGAUCAUGGGAUGACGGUCCGGGGCAUCGUGGUCAGCAAGAUCCGGCUCGGCCUCCUACACGCAAGGUGCGCUUCGGGUGA